AUUAAAAUAUAAAGAAGUAGAAAAAGCAUUACAAAUGCAGUUAUUUUCUUUUUAAAAUAAAUUAAAAACUUGACUAACAUUAAAUAAAAAGUGUUGUUUAUAUAUUAAAGUGUAGAAAAUAUUAUUUGAAUAUAUUUUGUAUUGCAAUUAAGUUAAGGAAAUAGCAUACUAAUGUCAAUAACCCUAUUGCGAGGUGGGAAGCAAAAGACGAAAUCUUGUGUAGGAAUGACCGUAAUGGCCAAAACUACAAUUGCGGAAAUAUGCGAGAAUGCAAAAAUGGCUAGAGAUAUGGCGCUGACUGGUAAUUAUGACUCCGCAUCAAUAUAUUAUGAGGGAUUACAGGGGAUGCUAUCCCGUAUGGUUAAUUCCAUAACAGAUCCGAUGCGUAAGGGCAAAUGGAAUAUGAUAAAACAACAAAUUAACAAAGAAUAUUCACAAUUAAAAGCCAUACAGAACACACUAUCAGAAAUGACAUUAGAUCUACAGAAUACACAAUUCGCGCAUAAGUUAAAAGCGCAAAUACGCGAAGAUGAAACAAAAGAUCCAGCCUCAUGGUUCCGUCCUGAUCCUGACAUAUGGACACCGCCACCUAAAGAUCCAGAUGUGUGGGGUCCACCAAAACCAGAAAAGCCUGGCAUAAAUAAUCGUAAUCGUAAUUUUGUUUUUAAAAAACCUGCUAUUAAGAGCACAAUACCACAACGUACAAAUGGCAACUCAGGUAAUAAUGGUCCAAACAAAGCCAACAAAACUACCAGUGGGACAUCAACACGUGGCAAUGCAACAGCGCAAAGUAAUGGACGUGCAGUUGCAGCAUCAAAUCGAAAAGUAAAUACAAGUACUAAUUCUGUGGGAAGUCCAACAAGUACAAUCGCUAAUGAUGGAAAUACAAAGCCUGAAGAAACUCGUGAAGAUGAAUCAGCAGAUAAUGACGAAAAAGAAGAAAAAAAAUUCCAACCAAAUAAUCAUAUUGAAGCGGAAUUAGUAGAUAUCUUAGAACGUGAUAUUUUACAACGAAAUCCGAAAGUUCGCUGGAAUGACAUUGCUGAUUUACAUGAUGCGAAACGUCUGCUAGAAGAAGCUGUAGUGUUACCUAUGUUGAUGCCCGAUUACUUUAAGGGCAUACGCCGACCUUGGAAAGGUGUAUUAAUGGUUGGUCCUCCUGGUACUGGUAAAACAAUGUUGGCUAAAGCGGUUGCUACUGAAUGUGGUACAACUUUCUUCAAUGUUUCUUCAUCAACUCUAACUUCGAAAUAUCGUGGCGAAUCAGAAAAAAUGGUACGACUUCUUUUCGAGAUGGCACGCUUUUAUGCACCGAGCACCAUAUUUAUAGAUGAAAUUGAUUCAUUAUGUUCGCGACGUGGGUCAGAAUCUGAACAUGAAGCAUCACGUCGAGUUAAAUCAGAAUUGUUGGUGCAAAUGGAUGGUGUGGGCAGUGAAGAGGCCACUAAAGUUGUAAUGGUCUUAGCAGCAACAAACUUUCCGUGGGAUAUAGAUGAAGCACUACGUCGACGUUUAGAAAAACGUAUUUAUAUACCACUGCCAACAGAUGAGGGUCGAGAAGCUUUGUUAAAAAUAAAUUUGCGUGAAGUGAAAGUUGAUGAAAGUGUAGAUUUAUCAGAGAUUGCCAAAAAAUUGGAUGGUUAUUCCGGUGCCGACAUAACUAACGUAUGCAGGGAUGCUAGCAUGAUGUCUAUGCGUCGCAAAAUUGCUGGCCUUACGCCGGAACAAAUACGUCAACUGGCAACUGAAGAAGUCGACUUACCUGUAUCAAAUCAAGAUUUUACAGAAGCCAUGAGUCGCUGUAACAAGAGCGUCUCAAAAUCAGACUUAGAAAAAUAUGAGAAAUGGAUGAAUGAAUUCGGAUCAUCAUGAUGUCCUUAUUUUGCUAUCAUUUGCAAUUUUAUUAAGAAAUUUUUGUCGCUGCGAUCCUUCUUUUAUUUAGACUACAUAAAGCUGAGUGAAUAUUUUUAAAAGUAAUUAGCAAAGCUAAAAAUGUUAAAUAUUGAUUUGAUUUAAAAUUUAAAUUGAAAUAAUAUAUAAUUGCAAUUAAUAAGACUAACCCCCACGAACACUUAACAAUAUUAUUUUUGAUGCAAUGAAAAUCGCGUACUAUAAGUUCAACAUGUUCAUUGUGUAUCUGUAUUUAAUUUAUGCAUUCAUCUCUAUUUUUUUUUAAUAUUUAAUAAUUACGAAAAACAAUUACAAUUUAUUGAAGACAUUAUGUUAACCAUAGCG